GAGGAGAAGAUCAUGUGACCAAACCGAAACCGUUAUGGUGGCCAGCGUGUAAAUAUGGUUAUGAUUAUGGUGGACUUUUAACAGUGAGUUGAGAGAUACGUUAUUGACGACGGGUCAUGAGUAAAUGUAACAUUGUGUGAGCCUAAGACGGAAAUGUAUUUAGCAAGAAAAGUUUAUGCUAGUUAGUCGGCUAACCGACGAGCUAGCUCGUUACUGGUACUAGCCAGCUCGAGUUUGGAAGUUAACGUCCGCUGAUUACAGUGCGUGCAUAAGUUUGCACUUUAGCCAAAACAAACGCGGUUGCACAGCUGUUUGUUUGAAAUUGCAAGUGGAAUGUGCCCUACCGAAGGGUUUGGCAGGUAGCUAUGCUAGCUAGUUAAUAGAGCUAGCAUUGUUAUGCUAGAUCGCUAACUAGUUUAGCUAGCUGGCUAAUUGUACCGAACGAGAAGUGGACAACGCAUCUGCCAACCUUAUCUAGCUAGUGUUGAUAAAAGGUGAGGUGCACAGGUGAGCGAGUCGGUCAAGGAUCGACUCAGACGAGGAGUUAAAGUUUAACAAUCAGCAGUUUAUUCAGAGUAAAUAUAUUUGGUACUGCGCAUGCGGGGCUCCGUCUAAGAACUCCGAGUGAGCUAAAAGAAGAGAGCCCCUAAAACAGGUUGAUUACAGAUUAUAUACAGUACAGAAAGUAGGUUGAUUCUUUGAAGUCCCGGUCCUCUGGUUGGCUCUGGUCCGGGCGUAGUCCAUGCUUAUUGGUCCACCAUUGUUGUUGAAGAAUGUCCCUUGCUUAAUGUCUGUUUUGAAUUUCCCAACUGCCGUGGGUGCACAAUGUUGAUAAGCUUAGGAUCCCUAGAAGCUCUAUUAGGUAUUAAUGCGGUGUGUGUGGUUCUCUGUGUUUGAGUGUGAAUGUGCGUAGGUGGUGUAUGUGUGUGUGUGUGUCUUCCAGCCAUCAGCAGAUAUGUCAUCACAAGAUGAAGUCCCUUAGACCUCUGCGGUUGACCCAGUUCCUGUUUUCUUGGCUGUAUGUGGAAACAUUAGUAUGGCAUGCCAGAAGCAGGUUGUGCAACAUACUGCAAACACAUUUGUAAUAUAAGUUCAUUCGCUUUGCCUUUUGUUACUAAAGGCUAAUGCAUAGAUAUAAAGGCCUAUCUUGGCUUCAAGCAUAUAUGAGCAUAAAAGUUUUUCUUACACUAGCUAUAUGUAACCUUUGCUGGCCAGACAAAAAAAGUGAUUUUAUCAAGACAGUGAAGCAACUCGAGUAAGAGCUUUGUCAUGGGUCUGGUGAACCUUGUCUUUUGCACCAUUGGGAAAUGUUUCAAUUUCAUAUCUUUACUCCUGGACCUACAUUUCUUAAUAGUCCAUUCAGUGAUACGUCUCCUGGCGGCAUGUAUCACCUUUGUGAAUAACCUACCCAUGUUACUGACCAACUCAAUGGUGAAGUGCUGGAACUUCACUGUGUUCUGCAUGGUCGCCAUGAUGGACAGCGUAACACUUUUGGCCCAGGGCACAGUCAACAUGUUAGGGCGCUGGGUGCACCUCUUGGGAGGUGUUCUGGAGAGUUUCAAAAUGGUGUGCUACUUGUCCUCACAUGUUCUCCUGCGUGUCAGGGAUCUGUUCCACCGUGGGCUGCUGUGUGGCCACUGCUUGCUGCAGCAGGUAUGGGAGGGCUGUGGCAUUGUGGUCAGCCUGGUGUUCUACCUGGUCAACACGGUGGUCAACCUGCUGCUCAUCGGGACACAGAACGUCUACUCUGUUGUAGUCAGCAUGUGGGAGGCGGUCUCCUGCCCCCUGCAGAAGGCUGUGGAGCUCACCCUCACACUCUUCACCUUUCUGUACAGCAGCCUGGUUGGCACCUCAGUCGUUCUCUGGACUCCCAUCAGGCUGGCCCUGGAGUUCCUGGGCUCGCUCGGACACAUCUUUGUCAGCGUCUUCCUCCUGAACAUCUAUGGCCUCAUUCUCACAGCGACCAUUGUUGUCACCGCUACAGUCUACAUGAACCCUGAGCUGACCAGUCUUGGAGUCCGGCGCGCCUUCGGUUUUGUCAACUCUGUCCCCACCCUGCAUCUCAUCCAGAGGGCGCUACAUCGUCUAUAUGUGCUGGAGAGGGGCGUGUGGCAGAGGCUUCAGCGGCAGGCCAGCCGCCUACACCAAACAAUAACACCAGUCUACAGGAACAUCAGAGUGAGGGGUGACGGCCACGCCAGGCAAUCUGAGCCCAGUGACAGAGAGCAGGGAUCUCUUACGGACAGUAGGGAAGGAGACGCAGCACCACCCGCUGAACAUGCUGCCUGGCCCGGCCAGCUAAUGGAUGACCUGUGGGACCUAGCGUUCCCCAGCUCCAGCAGCACAGACAGGCCUUUACAGAAACUCUCCUCGGGGGAGGAGUGCUGCAGCUCCAAGGGUCCCCCGGCCGACAGCCUACUGACUCUGCUCAAGGAGCAGGAGGAGAGGAAGAAGUGCGUCAUCUGCCAGGACAGCACCAAGACAGUGGUGCUGCUGCCCUGCCGCCACCUGUGUCUGUGUCGGGACUGUACUCACAUACUGCUGCGCCAGCCCGUCUACCAGCAGAACUGUCCGCUCUGCCGCCAUAUGAUCCUUAAUACCAUGGAUGUGUAUCUCUGAGGGGCGUUACCCAGAGUGCUGCCUUGUUAACAUGUUGAAUCUCGGGUUUAGGAUGUGCAGAGACUAUAGGCUACAUCUACACCUGCAGUACAUUGCAGCUCAGACGCACGCUAUCCAAGUCCAGUGCACUGCUGAAAUUGCUUGUCGUCCGUGGCUGAUGUCAUAAACUAUGCCUGUAUUUUGUUCAGACCACCAUGACAGUGCUUGCCAAACUGUUUAUACUUGUUUGUUCAUAUUACUGAACACUUCAUGUGCUGUACACUUCAUGUCGUUCCAAACUGUAUGUGGUGUGUGAACCUAAUAAGGAAUGUUUGCUGUGUAGCAGUUAAUUGACUUUAUUCAGCAUAGGUUCAGUUUGAAAGCAUUCCAUUGGCAGUUUAAAACACUGGAGACAAUACCGAACUAAAUGCUGUCGUAAAAACACAUUUUGUAGCUUAUGUAUAGGUUUAAAUGGUGACAAACUCUCAAAUGCAAUUUGCCAAUAGCCAAUAUUGUUCCAAGCAGUUCACAUCCAGAGACCCGUAAAAAGUGUGAAAUUGUUUUGUAUUGUGAGAAAAGGUUAAUUUCCUAAGCUAUGGUUGUCUAAAAAUAUCAGUGUCAGAAAUUAUUAACCAGAUCUGUCUUGUCAUAUGAACCAAUUUUUUGGGGGUUUUGUUCAAAUUGUUAUUCCAUCACUUGUAUCACUAUAGCCAAUUCUUUCCACUAUGCUGAUAUAUGAACACUACCUAAUUUAUGCUUCACAACAAGGUUUAUUCAUCUUUAUAGUUAUUCAGAUGUUUUUAUUUUGUGAUCAAACAUUGACGUGUUCACAGUGACCACCAUUAAUCAGUAAUGGGUUCAUAAUUCCUUGUUUCAAUUUUGUCUCUGCUCAAAAUAAGUAUUGAUCAAAGCUCUGGGAAAUGCCAUGUUGAAGAUUUACAGCACAAACUGCAAUGGUUAUUGAAUUAGAUUGAAAGUGUUGGAGAAAGGCCUGUUAAGUGACAAUAAAAGCAAAAGGCUGGUGAGUCAUAUUUGAUAUGCCUUUUUUGGGCCAAUGUUUCAUAAAUGUUGGAUAGGCUUUGCCUGUAAUAUAUUUUGGGGUCAUACACGAUGGAGUGACUUCAAUAUUGUGACAGAGGAGCCAGAAUGUGAACCACAGUGUCACUGAUGUCCUAUGGUUGUCUUAGUCUCAUUGACAUUGUGUAGCCUAUAAUCAUUUCCCACUGUCUUUGUUCCAAUCAGAAGUCUUAACAUUUGUCAGGUAUUUCAACAGAUGCUGUAAUCACUCAUUCAAUACUUUGCCCUUUAUCCCUUUUAUCUAGUGCCAAACCAACAUUUUCCAAAAGGCCUACCAUUUUCUUAACACCCCAUGUAAAAAAUAUAAUAACUAUGAAACCAACAAUGGUCUACGAUGUGACAUAUUGCUAAAAAUCUGGAGAGAGAAAAGGUUAGGCCCAUGAAUUAUCUGACUUGACAUUAUAUUGACACAAAUGUAUGAAAAAAGAUUAGGCAUAUUAUAUUUUUGAUGUCCAGAGUAAAUCCUAGGUUAUAUUCUGAGUUUACCUCUUUUCCCAAAGCCCUUCAAUCGUUGUGUGACAUUCCUGUCUACAUAUACAGUGGACUCUUAUCACAGACCACACAUGUUGCCAUUCACAUGGCUUAUUUUGUCUAGGAAGACUGACCUGUGUAUCCAGGAGCCAUGGCACAAAGUUAUGGACGUUGCAAUAAGCCGUGAAUGGGGUAGCAGGUAGCCUAGUGGUUAAGAGUGUUGGGCCAGUAACUGAAAGGUUGCUGGUUUGAAUCCCUGACUAGUUGAAAAAUCUUAACCCUAAUUUCUCCUAUAGGUCUCUGGUUAAGAGUGUGCUAUAUGACUUAUGUACACAUUUAUUUUGUUUUAUAAAGGUUUAUGAAUGUGGACAUACUCACGAAUGAGAAUGACAAAUGUCUGUGAGACAAUAAACGAACAAUCUUUCGGUACUGUU